AUGUACUCGAGGAGUCAGGAGGAGCAUGCGACUCACUUGAGGUUGGUUCUGGAGAAGCUUCGGGAGCAGAAGCUUUUUGCUAAGUUGAGCAAGUGCAGUUUCUGGCAGCGAGAGAUGGGAUUUCUUGGCCACAUUGUUUCUGCAGAGGGAGUUUCUGUGGAUCCGGCUAAGAUUGAGGCUAUCAGAGAUUGGCCUAGACCUAGUAGUGCCACAGAGAUCAGGAGUUUUCUGGGUUUGGCAGGAUACUACAGGAGGUUCGUCAAGGGGUUUGCUACCAUGGCGCAGCCGAUGACGAAGUUGACUGGGAAGGAUGUCCCGUUUGUUUGGUCAGCUGAGUGUGAGGAGAGCUUUAGUCAGCUCAAGGAGAUGUUGACUACUACACCAGUGUUGGCGUUACCCGAGCCAGGGAAGCCUUACAUGGUGUAUACAGAUGCUUCAGGCAUUGGUCUUGGUUGUGUGCUGAUGCAGGAGGGCAGAGUGAUAGCAUAUGCUUCGAGACAGUGGCAGGGCAGUGAGCGUAACCGUCCUACACAUGACUUAGAGUUGGGAGCAGUGAUCUUCGCGUUGAAGAUUUGGAGGUCUUACUUGCUAGGUGAGACAGUACAGGUCUUCACAGAUCACAAGAGUUUGCAGCAUAUCUUCACUCAGCCGAUGAUGAACGCGAGACAGACGCGCUGGGUUGAGUUCUUGGCGGACUAUCAGGUGAACAUUAACUACCAUCCGGGCAAGGCUAACCUAGUGGCGGACGCGUUGAGUAGACGGAGGUAUGAUUCCGCAGUUGAGCGAGAUGUGGAGUCUCUGGUUGGCGAGAUCAGUACCUUGCGUUUGUGUGCCAUUUCGCAGGAGCCUUUGGGUUUAGAGGCAGUGGAUCAGGCGGAUCUACUUAGCAGGAUCAGAGUUGCUCAGCAGAGUGAUCAGAGUUUGCUGGAUGCGACAGAGUGA